CGAUAGUUAAAGACGAAGGCGAAGCAAAAAAAAAAAUAAAAAAAUCGAUCUGGUGAUGAUACUCCAUAGCUGGGGAAGGCGUCACUGCAGCUCUCUCUCUCUGAGAAAUUAGAAAUUAGAAUUGAUGUUUCCUCGCUAUCAGUCUAACUAAAGCGAUUGAUGGGUAUAUCUCAACUCUUUUCUGCUCCAGAUAUUUCCUCUCACAACAAUCAACUUGUAGUUUUAAUUCUCCCAAUUCUACUCUCACACUAAUCACACACCCUAACCACCCUUUCCUUGUAUGGCUAUAACCUUCAAUCAAUAUCCCUCCCUAUUGUAUCUUCCUUUCCAUCCACAAAUUUCUGAAAUAUAUAUGUCCUUUUUUUUUUUAAUAUUAUCAUUUUCCACACCUUGUAUUUUCUCCAUGGCUGCUUAUGGCUGCAAAAUUCAACCUUAAAACCCUUAGUUUUAGCUUCUCUGGGAAACUGAUAGCGACACAUGGGAGUGAGAUUGGGAUUAGGGUUGAGUUUUGGGCAUAAAGGUUCAAUCUUUGAGGGGAAGUUUGUGUAUUUGAUAUGGAAUCACAAUUGGGAUUGGAUAUCACGUCAUUUGAUUUGAGGUACUCGGUGUGGGCGAGGGAAGCUCUGAAUGAAUUCCCUGAUUGUUUUACAAUAACCGAUCCUUGCGCUCCUGGUCACCCUAUUGUGUUUGCUUCUAAUGAAUUCUUGAAAAUGGUUGGUUACUCUAGAGAGGAGGUGGUUGGGAGGAACGGGAGGAUGUUCCAGGGUCCGGGCACGGAUAGGAGGUCGGUUAUGGUGAUUCGUGAAGCAAUUAGGGAGGAGAGGGGUGUGCAGAUCAGUUUGUUGAAUUAUAGGAAGGAUGGGACCCCCUUUUGGAUGUUGUUCCAAAUGUGUCCUGUUUUCAGCAAGGAGGAUGAUAGGGUGAUUCAUUUUUUGGGGGUUCAGGUGCCUCUCUCGAGGAGGCCUAGGUUGUCUCGACUCCGGGUAAGGAGUGAGUUUGAAGAUGGGGUUGGAGUUCGUGAUACUGUUUUCAGGUGUUGUAGGAGGGAAGUUUGUUCUGAUCCAUUCUUGGAAAGGGGAUGUGCAUCCUCCGUGGAGCCGGUUUCUAGCCUUGAUGAUCGUGAAGAUGAGAUGAAUGAGUCUUGUGAAGCAACUGAGCUAGAGAAGACAAAGGCCAGCACUGCAAUUAACAACAUUUUGUCUGUUCUGACACACUACAGCGAGCAUACAGGCAGACUGGUCAGCGGAAAAAGAUGUUGCCCAACUGGGAAUGCACAGCUUGUUUCAUCUUUAAAUAUAUCUCUCGGUAGAAUCAAACAAAGCUUUGUAUUAACGGAUGCGCUCUUACCUGACAUGCCUAUAACAUAUGCGAGUGAGGCAUUCCUGAAACUGACAGGCUAUGCUAGGCAUGAAGUACUGGGGCGAAAUUGCCGAUUCUUGAGUGGGACUCAUACAGACCCAACCGCACAGUUUGAGAUAAAGGAAUGCAUUCAAAACCAGCAAGCUUGUACAGUACGUAUCCUAAACUACAGAAAAGAUAGGACAUCUUUUUGGAAUUUUCUUCACAUUUCUCCGGUGCGGAACGCUUCGGGAAAGGUAGCAUUCUUUGUCGGAAUACAGACAGACGACUGUUGCAAGAAUGACGAUAAACACAGGUUGAGCCCAGAGAUGAGACAACUCAGCGUGGUUGGAGCCGUCAAAGUUGCUGUUAGGGGCUUGUCAAUGGGCGCCAGUACGUCGUAGUUGGAGAAGACAAUCUCAUCUCAUCUGCGGCAACAGGAAAUUCUGAUACUUAGGUUUGCACCAACACACUGUAUCUUUCCAUUUGUGGUUCAACCUUGACAAUGAUGGAAUCGUCAUAUUCUAUUACACAAGUUAGAAAUUGUGUGA